CCUCUUCAAAUGUGUUUUUAGAGGCAAUGGGAACUCUAAUCGUGCCGAUUCAAACCGUUUACCCCUAAAGGGAGUGGGGGUGGGGAUUACGUAUUAGUAUUGCUGUGUCUUGCAAUUUGCGGCGGCAUUAUACUAGCAGUGGAAUUUUAGUGAGCGGUGGGAGACUAAAGCAGCUUUAUGAAUGUUAAUACUCUAUGGUUUUUCCUUUUCUCCUCGUUUCAGCUGCGCAAACCAUGCAGGAUGAUUUACUGAUGGACAAAAGCAAAGUCCAGCCUCAGCAGCAGCGGCAGCAGCAAGAUCCAAACGCAGCAGAAGCUCCUUCUACACCCAUAACGUCAGAGACACCCAAACCGGAGGACAGUCCAGUGACUAGCAUCGGCUCAGCAGCUCCUGCCCAAAAUAGCAAAGAAAAGAUGCAAAUGGAGUCUCCCAUCUUGCCGGGCUUAAGUUUCCACCAGCCUCAGCAGGAGCCUACAGCCAGCACGUCCUUGUCUCCCUCCUUCGGAAGCACUUGGUCUACAGGGACCACAAACGCAGUGGAUGAUAGCUUUUUUCAAGGGAUUACCCCAGUUAAUGGGACAAUGCUUUUCCAAAAUUUCCCUCAUCAUGUCAAUCCUGUUUUUGGAGGCACUUUCUCCCCCCAGAUUGGCCUAGCUCAGACUCAGCACCACCAACAACAGCAGCAGCAGCAACAAGCACAGCAGCAGCAAAGGAGGUCACCGGUCAGCCCUAAUCAGGCAUCUUUUGCCCAGAGAAAUGCUGCUUAUAGCCAUCAGCCCAUCAUGACCAGCAAACCUUCUUCCUCUUCCACCUCCACCUCUUCUCCUUCCAGCUGGAAUAACCAUCAAAAUGCAGCUUGGAGUACACCUUCCAAUCCUUGGGGUGGGCUGCAAGCUGGCAGAGACCCUCGAAGGGCAGUAGGUGUGGGAGUUGGUGUGGGAGUUGGAGUUGGAGUGCCAUCCCCACUCAAUCCCAUUUCACCUCUUAAGAAGCCCUUUUCUACCAAUGUUAUUGCCCCACCGAAAUUUCCCCGGGCUGCUCCUCUAGCUCCAAAAUCCUGGAUGGAAGACAACGCCUUCAGGACAGACAAUGGCAAUAAUCUGUUGCCUUUUCAGGACCGGAAUCGGCCCUAUGAUACUUUUAACUUGCACUCUUUGGAAAACUCAUUAAUGGAUAUGAUAAGGACUGAUCAUGAACCUCUUAAAGGUAAACACUACCCUCCCAGUGGCCCACCAAUGAGUUUCGCUGAUAUAAUGUGGAGGAAUCAUUUUACAGGUCGUAUGGGUAUAAAUUUUCAUCAUCCGGGAACAGAUAACAUUAUGACACUCAAUACCAGAAGCUAUGGGCGGAGACGAGGUCGAUCUUCACUGUUUCCUUUUGAAGAUGGCUUUCUGGAUGACAGUCAUGGUGACCAGUCUUUAUCAUCAGGUCUCAACUCCCCAACCCGCUGUCAGAAUGGUGAAAGAGUCGAACGCUAUUCUAGGAAAGUGUUUGUUGGAGGUCUGCCUCCUGACAUUGAUGAAGAUGAAAUCACUGCUAGCUUUCGUAGGUUUGGACCUCUUGUGGUGGACUGGCCUCACAAAGCUGAAAGCAAGUCAUAUUUUCCACCUAAAGGUUAUGCUUUUCUGCUGUUCCAGGAAGAAAGCUCUGUUCAAGCUCUGAUAGAUGCCUGUCUAGAAGAAGAUGGUAAACUUUAUUUAUGUGUAUCAAGUCCCACUAUUAAGGAUAAACCAGUACAAAUUCGACCUUGGAAUUUAAGCGACAGCGACUUUGUAAUGGAUGGUUCUCAACCUUUAGACCCCAGAAAAACUAUUUUUGUGGGAGGAGUUCCACGACCCCUCCGAGCUGUUGAACUAGCUAUGAUUAUGGAUCGUUUGUAUGGAGGAGUCUGCUAUGCUGGCAUUGAUACAGACCCAGAGUUAAAGUACCCCAAAGGUGCUGGUAGAGUGGCUUUCUCCAAUCAGCAGAGCUAUAUUGCUGCUAUUAGUGCACGCUUUGUCCAGCUCCAGCACAAUGACAUCGAUAAACGGGUGGAAGUAAAGCCAUACGUGCUUGAUGAUCAGAUGUGUGAUGAAUGCCAGGGUACUCGCUGUGGCGGAAAAUUUGCCCCAUUCUUUUGUGCCAAUGUUACCUGCUUGCAGUAUUACUGUGAAUACUGUUGGGCGAGCAUUCAUUCUCGGGCUGGACGAGAGUUCCACAAGCCACUCGUGAAGGAAGGAGGCGACCGGCCCCGCCACGUGCCCUUCCGUUGGAGCUGAGGCCCGGGCUGAAGGCCAGCAGUACUGGAGCCAACUGGAUUGAAGGGGAAAGGAGUGCUGCCUCAGGGCUUUUGUGUUCUGGAAAUCUGUGCAUUCAUCCUUGACUUUAAUGAAGAGAUGGGUCUUUUUAUUAUGAUGAUGGUUAUGAUUAUAAUGAUGAUUAUGAUGAUGAUUAUGAUUAUUUACAGUCACAUUACUGGAUGCUAUGUCCAGUAUAAUACAAGCCUAGCAGAGUGUAACUGUACUGAUUUUGCACUUUGAUUCACACAAACAUCUGCUUGGUACCUUAAUUUCUUAACUGAGACUUGUCACGGCUAACAAUAAGUAGACUGCUAUGGUCAUCAGCCUCCACUAGGUUGGUGUAUAUGUGAUUAAGAUUUUUUUUUUAAUUAUGUACUUUUAUUUUAAAACUGGAGCAUG